AGGUAUUCCUGUGGUUUAAAUAAACAGAAUGGUCAGAUUAAUUGUCCAAGCAGGGCUAGGGGUUCUUUUUCUGGUCCAAACUGCUGCAUCCAUGAAACUGGUUUGCUACUUCACGAACUGGUCCCAGUACAGACCUACAAAUGGGAGAUUCGUUCCUGACCAUGUUGACCCCUUCCUCUGUACUCAUGUCAUCUAUGCUCUGGCCACUAUAAGCAAUACCAACCAGAUCAAACCCAUUGAGUGGAAUGAUGAGACCCUGUUCAGGACUUUGAAUGACUUGAAGAAUAUAAAUCCUGACCUGAAAACAUUGCUUUCAGUUGGAGGCUGGGUCAAUGGAAUGAGCCCGUUCAUAAACAUGGUCUCUACACCAGAGAACCGUCGUGCCUUCAUCCAGUCAUCUGUCAACUACUUGCGAGUACACAACUUUGAUGGGCUGGACCUGGACUGGGAGUUUCCUGGGCAGGGACAAAGUCCCCCUGAGGACAAGCUGAGGUUCACAGCUCUAGUUACUGAGCUCAGGCAAGCCUUUGAGAAUGAAGGCACAGAGAACAAAAAACCCAGACUCCUGCUUUCUGCUAAAGUUGCAGCUAUAAGAUCAACAGUUCAGUAUGCCUAUGAGAUCCCCAGCAUAUCAAGACAGUUGGACUUCAUAAAUGUGAUGACCUACGACUUCCAUGGACACUGGGAGAAAGUUACAGGACACAACAGCCCUCUCUACCGAAGCUCUUUCGAUCAAGGAAAUCACAUUGAUUUUAACAUUAACUCCACUCUGACCUACUGGAUUGAGCAAGGAGCUCCUGCUGAGAAACUGCUCAUGGGAUUGACAACUUAUGGUCGUACAUUCCACCUGAGCUCUUCUCUGAAUGGGCUUAGUGCUCCUUCUAACGGGCCAGCUGCUGCAGGGCCCUACACCAGAGAACCUGGUUUCUGGUCUUACUAUGAGGUGUGUUCUUUGGCUCCACCUGCCACAGUCCACUGGAUUGAGGAGCAGAAGGUCCCUUAUGGUGUCCAAGGUGACUUCUGGAUGGGCUAUGACAACAAGGAAAGCUUCACAGCCAAGGUCCAGUGGCUAAGAGAGCACAACCUUGGUGGGGCCUGGGUAUGGACUCUGGACAUGGAUGACUUCAGGGGAACAUUUUGCGGAGAUGGGCAAUACCCUCUAGUCAAUCAUCUUCGUAGUUCUCUAGGUUUUGGACCAAAGCCCACCACUACCCCUCACCCCACCACCACAAGAGAUCCUCUAUCUUCUUUCUGUGUUGGGAGACCUGAUGGGCUAUAUCCCAACCCUGCCGAUAGGAACACUUAUUUCCACUGCUUCAAUGGGCACACCUUCAUUCAAAGAUGCCAGCCCAAUCUGGUCUAUGAUGAUGACUGCAAGUGUUGUAAUUAUCCAUGA